CGGCCGGGGAGGCGGCCUCGGCGCACAGUAAUGGCAGCGCUGUGAGCAGGGGAACGCGAGCUGACAGCCGCCGCCGCCGCCGCCGCCGCCCACCUUCCUCGCCGGGGGCUUCGUCCUUCACUCCUUCGGGCUGUCUCCCCCUCCCCUUGUCCCCUGUCCCUUGUCCCGCUUCUGCAGAAGACAGCGAAGAUUGAUAGCUGUGGGGAGGAGUAUCCUAUGUGCACGCCAGACCUGUCUCUACAGUUAGGGUCUGGUGAAAUAAGAUUCUUAGACUCCUCAGAGCAUUUACACACUAGGGAGCCUGGACCAUUACCUACAACCCCAGAGAUACGUUCAUAUUUCAACACUAAACUUGCACAAUGUCUUUGAAACCAAGAGUAGUAGAUUUUGAUGAGACAUGGAACAAACUUUUAACGACAAUCAAAGCUGUUGUCAUGUUGGAAUACGUUGAAAGAGCAACAUGGAACGAUCGCUUCUCAGAUAUCUAUGCUUUAUGUGUGGCCUAUCCUGAACCCCUUGGAGAAAGACUUUAUACAGAAACUAAGAUUUUUUUGGAAAAUCACGUACGGCAUUUGCACAAGAGAGUUCUGGAGUCUGAAGAGCAAGUACUUGUUAUGUAUCAUAGGUAUUGGGAGGAGUAUAGCAAAGGUGCAGACUAUAUGGACUGCUUGUAUAGGUAUCUCAACACCCAGUUUAUUAAAAAGAAUAAAUUGACAGAAGCUGACCUUCAGUAUGGCUACGGUGGUGUAGAUAUGAAUGAACCACUUAUGGAAAUAGGAGAGCUAGCAUUGGAUAUGUGGAGGAAAUUGAUGGUUGAACCACUUCAGACCAUCCUUAUCCGAAUGCUGCUCCGAGAAAUAAAAAAUGAUCGUGGUGGAGAAGACCCAAACCAGAAAGUAAUCCAUGGGGUUAUUAACUCCUUUGUUCAUGUUGAACAGUAUAAGAAAAAAUUCCCCUUAAAGUUUUAUCAGGAAAUCUUUGAGUCUCCCUUUCUGACUGAAACAGGAGAAUAUUACAAACAAGAAGCUUCAAAUUUAUUACAAGAAUCAAACUGCUCACAGUAUAUGGAAAAGGUUCUAGGUAGAUUAAAAGAUGAAGAAAUUCGAUGUCGAAAAUACUUGCAUCCAAGUUCAUAUACUAAAGUGAUUCAUGAAUGUCAGCAACGAAUGGUAGCAGACCACUUACAGUUCUUACAUGCAGAAUGUCAUAAUAUCAUCCGACAAGAGAAAAAAAAUGACAUGGCAAAUAUGUAUGUCUUACUUCGUGCUGUGUCCACUGGUUUACCUCAUAUGAUUCAGGAGCUGCAAAAUCAUAUCUAUGAUGAGGGCCUUAGAGCAACCAGUAAUCUUACUCAGGAAAAUAUGCCAACACUAUUUGUGGAGUCAGUUUUGGAAGUACAUGGUAAAUUUGUUCAACUAAUCAACACUGUUUUAAAUGGUGAUCAGCACUUUAUGAGUGCAUUGGAUAAGGCCCUUACAUCAGUUGUAAAUUACAGAGAACCCAAGUCUGUUUGCAAAGCACCUGAACUGCUUGCCAAGUACUGUGACAACUUACUAAAGAAGUCAGCGAAGGGGAUGACUGAGAAUGAAGUAGAAGACAAACUCACGAGCUUCAUCACUGUUUUCAAGUAUAUCGAUGAUAAAGAUGUUUUUCAAAAGUUCUACGCAAGAAUGCUGGCGAAGCGUUUAAUUCACGGGUUAUCUAUGUCUAUGGAUUCUGAAGAAGCCAUGAUCAAUAAAUUAAAGCAAGCCUGUGGUUAUGAGUUUACCAGCAAGCUUCAUCGGAUGUAUACAGAUAUGAGUGUCAGUGCUGAUCUCAACAAUAAGUUCAACAAUUUUAUCAAAAAUCAAGACACAGUAAUAGAUUUGGGAAUUAGUUUUCAAAUAUAUGUUCUACAGGCUGGUGCAUGGCCUCUUACUCAGGCUCCUUCAUCUACAUUUGCAAUUCCCCAGGAAUUGGAAAAAAGUGUACAGAUGUUUGAAUUAUUUUACAGCCAGCAUUUUAGUGGAAGGAAACUUACAUGGUUACAUUAUCUCUGUACAGGUGAAGUUAAAAUGAACUAUUUGGGCAAACCAUAUGUAGCCAUGGUUACAACAUACCAAAUGGCAGUUCUUCUUGCCUUUAACAACAGUGAAACUGUCAGCUAUAAAGAGCUUCAAGACAGCACUCAAAUGAAUGAAAAGGAACUGACAAAAACAAUCAAAUCAUUACUUGAUGUGAAAAUGAUUAACCAUGAUUCAGAAAAGGAAGACAUUGAUGCAGAAUCUUCAUUUUCAUUAAAUAUGAACUUUAGCAGUAAAAGAACAAAAUUUAAAAUUACUACAUCGAUGCAGAAAGACACCCCACAGGAAAUGGAGCAGACUAGAAGUGCUGUAGAUGAGGACCGGAAAAUGUAUCUCCAAGCUGCUAUAGUUCGUAUCAUGAAAGCACGAAAAGUACUUCGGCAUAAUGCCCUUAUUCAAGAGGUGAUUAGCCAGUCAAGAGCUAGGUUUAAUCCUAGUAUCAGCAUGAUUAAGAAGUGUAUUGAAGUUCUGAUAGACAAACAGUACAUCGAACGCAGCCAAGCGUCAGCAGAUGAAUACAGUUACGUAGCGUGAUGUCGCUCUCCUCUAGUGUGGGUGUGAGAAGAUCAUUGCCAUCACCAUUUGGUGUGUUCCUGUGGGAAAAAGCAGGCCUGUGCCUCCAUAAUUUGGUCAUUUGGCAGCCCCUGUUUUUCUGCUGUUUACAACAUCACCAGUGCCACGUCAUGAGCGUCAGAGAAAAUGCCUAGAGAUAUUUCAAGCUCAUGUCAUUAUGACAUUUCUUAAAACUUUAUUAAAAGAAUGAGUGAAGUAUUGCUGAAAUGUGGAAAUUUGGUUGGGUACCAUGCUUUUUCUCCCCUUCACGUUUGCAGUUGAUGUGUUUUUUUUUUUUAAUGUAUCUUAAAGGACAUAAAAUAAAAAACUUAAAUAUUGUAAUAUGACAGAUAACCUAAUAAUUGUAUCUACAUUAAAAUGACAAACAUGAUAUUGCUGCUUGUCAAAUAAAAAAAAUAAAGAAAUAGAAUGCCUUUUUUAUGUGGAUGGAGCAUCACACAUAAUAGUAUAAAUAUAAAUGUUCAUGAGUCAUCAAAGCAGCUAAUGAAGCUUUAGUUGCAUUUUUAUCUGAAUGGUUUAACUCGCUUUUUACUCCUACUUAAGUCCUACAUGAAAAAUGUCUAGAUUAUUGUUCUUGAAUGCAUAAAAAUGCAUUCAACAUAAAGAAUGUUUUAUUUUUAUGGACUGGAACUACAUUGGAUAUGAGCAUUUUCAAUGUUGAGGAUUUAAUUCUAUCAGGAGUUUCUGGUGAUAUGCUUACACCGCAGAAAUAAAGGAUGAGGAGAAUAUGUGGUGGCCUCAAGUCUGGAUAGAAAGCGUUUCUCAUCCAGAAGUUGUCUUUUAUUUUCAUAAUACAUUAAUUCUAAUGUAGACAAAUACCCAGCUGUCUUACCUCUCCUUCUACCUUUCUCUGAGUUAUAGGAGAUCCUUUGAUACCAGUGUAUUCCUUCCAUUCUCUUACCUGUGUAUUACCCUUACACCCCUAUACAUUUUGAUACUAAAUUCACUCUCAUAAGUCAUAGGUGUGCUUAGCAAUGCGUAACCUAAAUACCUUUUUUUUUUGUCUGUAUGGUGCAUUACACCGGAUGCCACUUAUUAUAGACAUGAAAUUCCACUAUUUUGUUUAUUAUUUAUGUUAACAGCAGUAUUAGACUACUCCAGUCUAUUAUAUUUAUUACCCAUCUAUAAGCUGGAAUAUUUUAAAGGGUAUCCCAUGUGAAUCAUUUUACUUACAGUACUUUAGUUUGUAUCUCUGACACAGAUAAGAUCUUUUUUAACAACAAAAACACAACUUUAAUGACAUUAUUACACCUAACAAAAAAUAAUUACUUAAUAUCAUCUAAUAUGUGGUCUUGUUGCAAAAAUGGCUUCUGCAUUUGGUUUGUUCGAUUGCACUUUUUCUGACUCAUGUCUCUUUAAGUGUUGGAAAAAUCUAAGCUUAUAACGACUUACUUAUAAACUGUAUCUCUCAUUUUACCUUUCUUUCUAGAGAGGACGUAAUGGCAAACCAUACAAUAUUGUACAUUCACUGUCAAAAAACAAACCUUGUUUUGAUAACUUGUUGAUAAAGUUUCCAAAUUGACUCCUUUUUUCUUAAAUAUUUAUAAAUGUUAAAUUAAGUCUUGGUAUCUAAAUUGUCAAGAAAAUAUAUUGAAAAAUGGACAAAAUACUUGUGCUGAGGUCUGCAGAAGUGACUGCCAAGAGUUUUCUUCACAUCUUUUUCUCAUUUUACCAGAAAGGAAACAUUAAAGAUAUACUCACGCAUGAGGAGGAAGAGGCCAGAUACACUUAACCAAGUCACCAUCCAAGAGGGAGCAGCUUUCAGAAUGAAUUCUAGCACAGACCUUCUGCUGAGGAGAAUGAAGGGAAGGCUGCAGUUUUGUCAAGUUAGGUCAGGCGCUUGAAAUCAUUACGAGCCUAGCGCACAGCCCAGAGCACUAACCUGACAGGCCCUGUGUACGGUACCUAGUGCUUGUGGGCAGAGGAGGUCAAAGCUACAAAAGGGGAAGAAGCGGAAGGAGAAGAAAGGGUUCUCUGUGCUUUAUCUUGGAAAACAAAAAUAAUGUGAGCAAAACUUUCAGAGGUUCUUAAAAAAUUAUUAUUAAUACUGAGGUAGUUAAUGUGUGAGUCAGUGAUACAUUUUCCAGCCAGACAGCAUGCUGCUUUUGUUCACGUUCUGUCCUUCUCUUUGAAACCAGGUUUUUUUAAUUGCUGCUGUAGUUUUAUUCUAGGGGUUUAGUCUAAGAUUUUAUGACCGUUUGCUUUAAUAUAAACAAAGAUAUACUCUGGGGUUUGUGCUUUGCUUUAUUUAUAACGUACUACCUUUAUAGGAUUUUAUAACCUGUAUAUGCUACAAUGCUAUAAAGUUCUGUUAAUUUUUUUAA